AUGUCGCUGGGUAUUCUACCAGAUGUUUUAUCUAUGUCUGAAUUAAAUGAAGAAUUAUUGAUACUAUUAAAAAUCAAAGAUAGUGAACAGGAAUUUAAGACAAAGUUUGAUGAACUUGUUCAAAAGUAUAGCCUUGAUCGUAUUGUACAAUGGGAAAAUAAGAAAUCAAAUUUUAUACAUGAAUUAGUUUUAACAUGGCAACUAAAUCUUGUUAAAGAUCUAAGUGAAAGAUAUAAUUUGAAUAUUAAUUUGCAACAUAGGAAAGAUUUAUGUACACCUAUACAUUUGGCUAGUUGGCAUAAGAAUGUUGAGAUGUAUGAACUAUUACGUAAUCUAGGUGCUGAUCGAACAAUAAAAAAUAAAUAUUGUGAAUUACCAGGUGAAAGUAUAUUGAAUAUAAUAUGGUUAGAUUUAGAAUUAACAUCAUUACAUGAUCCACAGAUAUUGGAAUGUGCUGUCAUAAUAACUGAUAAAGAUUUAAAUGAAUUAGAACGAGGUCAAUGGGUUGUUCAUUUUGAACAGAAAGAUUUAAAUGAUCUUGAUGAGUGGCAUAAGAAAACAUUUAAAUCUGUCACAGAUGGAGGUAAUGGUUUAUUUGAUGCUGUUGUUAAAUCAAUAAUAACAAAAGAACAAAUGGAAUCAGAAUUGUUACAAAUAAUUGAGCAUCAUUGUCCGAAAAAAUGUUGUCCAUUAGCAGGUAGUUCAAUACAUACUGAUAGAGAAGUCAUUAAAUUACGUAUGCCAACUGUUUAUGAUUAUUUACAUCAUCGUAUUAUUGAUGUUAGUUCAAUUUCUGGUGUAAUGCAAAGGUGGUCACCAACUAAAUGGUUCCAAAUGAAAAACACAUUAAAUAAAACAUCUGUAUCAUUAAAUCAUCGUGCAAUGAAUGAUAUUGAACGGUCAGUAGAAAUAUUAAAAUUAAUUAAACCAUUAUUAUGUGCUCAAUAA